UGAUAACAUUGUGACAUGACUGACACUUUCCAUUGGUUCUGUUCCCAUGAAUCUCUGCAGGCUUUCCAACCAUUCUUUGUAUCCACCACUCUUCCCUACUCUGUGAUCAGGGGUGAGGAGGUACCACUCAAAGUCUCCAUCUUCAACUACAUGCAACAGUGCCAAGUGAUUAAGUUGACACUACUGAAGUCAGAGGACUUGGAUUUGAUUGACAAGGACAGGACACGUCAGGUGUGUGUGUGUCCUGUGGUGUCCAAGACCGAGACGUUCAACAUCAUCCCAAGGAUGCUGGGGAAGAUCAACAUCUCCGUGGUGGCUGAGGCUGUGGAGGAUGAUGAACUGACAUGUGGGAACGCCCCAGUCGUCAAGCCCACUGAGGGAGCCAGGGACGCCAUUGUUAAGGAGCUUCUGGUCGAGGUAGUGCAGACAAAAUUUUAGAUUUCCUACAGCAGAGCGUCAGAUUCCCUUUCAAGA